CUCAAUUAAUAUUGAGAAUCACCUCACAUUGCUUCACCACCAGCAGUUCACAUCUGGAAGUGCGUUGUCAAUCUACUCGGCCGCGCCUCGGCCAAAUUGCAAACAUGUCGUACGAUCCAAGGGAGCAUUUCCAACAAAUUCAGCGGACGAUUCAGCAGCGCGGCAGAGGUUUCGGAGGUGUUCCGGGAGGCGGCGCCGCUGGAAGAGGAAUUCUUGCUCUGGUUGCCCUGGGUGUUGGCGGUGUUGUUCUCUCCAAUUCCAUCUUCAACGUUGACGGUGGUCAUCGAGCGAUCAAAUAUACGAGGUUGUCGGGAGUCAAGGCAGACAUUUACAAUGAAGGUACUCAUCUUAGGUUGCCGUGGUUCGAAACCCCGAUCGAUUACGAUGUGCGAGCCAAACCGCGCAACGUCGCAUCCUUGACUGGCACCAAAGAUUUGCAGAUGGUCAAUAUCACCUGUCGUGUACUGUCUCGUCCUCGCGUUGAAGCCCUACCUCAAAUCUACCGAACUCUCGGCACCGACUACGAUGAGCGAGUCCUACCUUCGAUCGUCAACGAAGUCCUCAAAAGUGUUGUCGCCCAGUUCAACGCCAGUCAAUUGAUCACGCAGAGAGAAAAUGUCGCAAGACUGGUCCGAGACAAUCUCACGCGAAGAGCUGCCCGUUUCAACAUCAUGCUCGACGACGUCUCAUUGACACAUCUAUCAUUCUCACCUGAAUUCACUGCCGCCGUUGAAGCCAAACAAGUCGCCCAACAAGAAGCACAGCGGGCAGCAUUCGUCGUGGACAAAGCCCGGCAAGAGAAACAAGCCACCGUGGUCCGCGCACAGGGUGAGGCCAGAUCCGCAGAACUGAUUGGUGACGCCAUCAAGAAGAGCAGGAGCUACGUCGAGCUUCGACAGAUUGAGAAUGCCCGGAAUAUCGCCACUAUUCUCCAAGAGGCUGGCGGAAAGAACAAGUUGUAUCUUGAUUCCCAGGGUCUUGGUCUCAAUGUCAAUGCAUCUGAUGACCAGCAGUCCAAGAGGUAGUAAUAAGAUAUCAUGGGGACAGUGUCGGGCUAUGUACGAGGAACCAAAGAACCCAAAAAGGCAUGUUGCUACUUAAUAGCAAUUACUUCCGCCUAUAUGUGUCAUUAGCGAAAGCCACACCAAAAUGUACAAUUCUUCUCUCGGUUA